UAAUGCAUUAAUCAUUAUGGCGAAGAGUGAAUUUAAAUGGAUGUAAAUAGACACGUUAUUUGGGGGGGGGGGGGGCUAAUUUUUUACCAUCUCUCACCUGUUCAACUCCCAAGAUUUGAACAUGGCGCUGGGCUCAUUUACUUUGACUUGAUUAGUGCUAAAAAUAUAUAUAUAAUUUAACUAAAGUGUUAAAGUUAUUCUAUGUAUUAAAUUUACUGGAUUUGAUCUAUCCACACGAAAACCUGUUUUUUCCCCAUUCUUUCGCUCCCCCCGUAAGACUACAACUCCCAUGAUUCCACGCGCCGCUCGGCUCCAAUUACGUCGACUGGUGACACAUUGGUAAACAACAUGGCUGUGACACCGGCAAGAAGAUCAUCUUUUCACGAUUUAGGUUUGUGGGCGGACCGGACUGUCCUCCACGAAGCCGCAUCUCAAGGCAGAGCUUUGCAGUUGAUCCGGUUGAUCGAGAGUGAAGCGUCGGUCAACAUCGUGACCUUGGACAACAUCACGCCGCUGCACGAAGCCUGCCUCCAAGCCCACCCGCACUGUGUCCGGCUGCUGCUGGAAGCUGGAGCCCAGGUGGAUGUGCGUAAUAUCCAUGGCAGCACUCCCCUCUGCAACGCCUGCGCUUCCGGUAGCUUGGAGUGCGUUAAGCUGCUCUUACAGUACGGCGCCAAAGUCAACCCGUCACUCACUGCUUUGACCGCCACCCCCCUCCACGCGGCCUGCAUCCAAGGAAAUCCAGAGAUAGUGAGGCUGCUGAUAGCCAGCGGUGCCCAGCUGGAGGCGUACGACAUCCACUUUGGCCCACCCCUGCACAUUGCCUGUGCAAAAGCACGUGUGGACUGUGUCAGGGAGCUUCUGCUUGCAGGUGCCAACGUGAAUUCAAGCAAGUUCCACGAGACCGCCUUGCACCACGCGGCUCGACUCGACACGCCGGAUGUGAUCGAGCUGCUGCUGGAGUUCGGAGCCAACGCGCACGCCGUCAACAACCAGGGACUAAAGCCCGGCGACUACUCCACACCCGCGUCGCCGUCGCACACUUGUCUCAGGUUUUACGAAAAAAACCCACUCAGCCUUCAGCAGCUUUGUAGGAUCACCAUAAGGAGGGCUCUUGGUACCACAGCCUCGGUGGGCAUAGGUUUGCUGGACAUAUCCCGUCGCAUUCAAAGCUAUCUCCAGUUUUGCGAUCACCCCACAUCACUAUAGUUCCAGAGAUGUUUGAUUUACAAUACAAAUGUACGAUGAACCCCCGCUAUUUGUGAGGUAUAGUGAACGAGACCAACCGCAAAUAUUGGAAAUCCACACGUAAUGAACUCGUCUCCCUAAAAGGGAUUAUACAGUACUGUGAUUGGCUAUCGAUGCCACAUGAUGGCAGCAAACGACUACUUUUGUGUAAAUGAAGCUCAUCAACUCACGUGAAAUUUGAAUGACGAACUGCGCAUGUGCGGGGGUUCACCGUGUUAAGAAAUGCAAACAAAAAGGACAACUAAAUCUGAUGGCUGUGCAAUAGCGACAAGAUGGCGGUGGCCAUGUUUGGAUGGGCCUACUAACUUAACUUGCACGCCAGCUACAUGAAAGUUAACAGAAACUGCAUGGAAAAGGGCAAGUAUUUUUCAGAAAAGAUCUUGGAAGGUGAGUGGAUGAACACACUCCGACCUUACUAGUAUUACUACUAGUUAAUAGUUUACUUUGCCUGUAUUUGCUUGCAUUUAUUAUUGUGUAAAUGCCCAAAGGUGAACUUAACGACUGUUUAUGUAAAGUGGUAGCUUAUUGUCAAUGUCAUCCGUAUCUCCUGCAUUAUCAUUAAAGCUGAU